GUAGGAUAAACGUAUUUGAAUAUUUUCUACUUUAGUUGUGGUUGGAACAUUUACUACACCAAUUCCUUUGUACAACAGUGCAAAUAUUGAAGCGUCUCAAGAUUUUUCCGCAACUUCUUAACAUUCUAUGGGCUAGCUUAAAAUGACAAUUAUCGAGUUGACUACUUACGCAUUAGUUUCUUUUAUUGUGGUGUUAUGGUGUUAUUUCAAAUGGAAAAACAGACACUUCGAAAAAAUUGCAUCGAAACUGGAGGGACCGCCGUCGUACCCAAUUAUUGGCACAGGACUAGAGAGUAUUGGGACACAUCAACAGUUCUCGGAUAAUGUAAUUAAACUGCUCAGCAUCUAUGGUGGCGAACCGUGCAAAGUAUGGUUGGGACCAUAUUUUGGCGUAGGCAUAAGCAAGCCAGAAGACUUGCAAAUAAUAUUAAACAGUUCUAAGGCCUUGGAUAAAUCCAAGUUUUACAAUUUUUUUAAGAAUGCUGUAGGUGAAGGCUUGUUUACAGCCCCAGUUCAUAAAUGGCGAAAACAUCGUCGUCUUAUUGCUCCCGUCUUUAACGCCAAUGUUCUUGAUCAGUUUUUUCCUGUUUUUAACGAGAAAAACCGAAUUCUCAUUGAAAAUUUAAAGAAGGAAUUAGGUAAAACCCAACCAUUUGAUCUUUUGGACUACAUUAUGAAAACUAAUCUUGAUAUAAUUUGUCAAACCGCAAUGGGUUACAAUCUUGACUCUCAAUCAAAUAAAGAAUCUGAGUUUUCUGAUGCAUUAAACAAAAUAAUGGAAUUAGAUACCUUGAGAGUUUACAAACCAUGGCUAUAUCCCGAUAUAAUAUUUUCAAUUUAUAGAAGACUUAUGGGGCUACAAAAUGUCUACAAAAAGUUGCACAAACUUCCAAAUCAGGUGAUCAGGGAAAUGAAAGAAACAUACGCACAAAGGAAAAUGGAAAAUAAAAAUAAUGCUAUAGAUGCCAACCACGGUGACAAUAAGCCUUUAAAAGUGUUUUUAAACACGUUAUUAGAUUUGAAUGAAGCAGGUGAAAACUUUUCUGAUGAAGAAAUUAGAGAUGAAGUUGUGACUAUGAUGAUGACUGGUAGUGAAACUAGUACUAUCACAGGUUGUUAUUGUUUAUUGAUGUUAGCUAUCCAUCCAAAAAUUCAAGACAAGGUUUACGAUGAAAUUUUUGAAGUAUUAGGUGAUGGUGACCAAACAAUAACUAUUGAAGAUACUACUAAAUUGGUUUAUCUCGAGCAAUGUAUACGGGAAACACUUCGAUUAUACCCUUUAGUACCGGUGUUUCUUAGACAACUCCAAGAUGAUGUUAAAAUUUUUUCCGAUGAUCUCAUUCUGCCAAAAGGAACAAUCUGUCUUAUAUCUCCACUGACCACUCACCAUAUGCCUGAGUUGUAUCCAAAUCCAUGGUCGUAUAAUCCAGAUAAUUUUGACGCUGAAAAUGUUAAUAAACGCCAUAAAUAUAGUUUUAUAGCGUUCAGUGGUGGUCCGAGAGGUUGCAUAGGAUCCAAAUAUGCUAUGCUGUCAAUGAAGGUUCUAAUAUCAACAUUUUUACGAAACUACAGUGUGCACACAGAUUUAAAAUUAAGUGAUAUUAAAUUAAAACUAGAUUUAAUAUUAAGAUGUUCUAAUGGUUUUCCUGUGACUAUUCGACAGAGAGAUAGAAGACCUACAUAUAAAAAAAAAUAAGAAUAUUGUAAUUACAAUUUACGACACAUAAUAUUAUUAUAUAUAUAUUAUCUAAGAACAAGACAUUAUUAAGCUAAUGAGUAGUGUGUAUUGAUUGUAAAUGGUGUGUUUAUGAUGAUUUAUAACUGUGUAACAUGUGAUAUUUUAGGGGUUCAGAACUUGAAUAUGUUCGCGAGCCACAUGGAUAAAUACAAUGAUAUCAAAAGCCAUAAUGUUUAUAGUUUGAUACAUUUUUAUGAAUGUAUAACAACAAAUUUAAUUAAUAAAAAUAUUAAUACCAUUAAUAUAA